AUGCUGAUACCCGUGUCGACAUCGCCGACGUCCAGCAACGGCGAAGGCGCCAUCAAACUCUUUGUCGGACAAAUACCACGUCAUCUCGAGGAAGACGCGCUCCGUCCAAUGUUCGAGGAGUUCGGCAAGAUUUACGAAUUCACCGUUCUCAAGGACAAGUACACGGGAAUACACAAAGGUAAGGAGAGGGAAACUAUUAGGAAAUGUCCUCGUUUCAGCGAGAUGUCAUUUAGCAGUAGCGCCACGUCGCACGCUAACGUUACGAAAUUAUUUUUACGAAGCACCGCAGUCGCCAGCCACUAA